AUGGAAAGGGUUUUGAUUUUGCUGCUGCUUCCACUUGCCUUGGCAGAGCCCAUUCCUAGCCAAAAGGGAUUAAUCUUCAAUCUGGCUAAUGGAGAAUUAUGUCUCCGGAGUGAGCAGUGCACAAGCAGAUGUUGCCACAGGGCUAGUGGGUUAAGUCUGGCUCGUUGUGCAAAUAAAGCAGCUGAGAACCAGGAGUGUUCCCUUAAGCAUUUUCUCUAUGGGGUGUACUACAAGUGUCCCUGUGAGAAUGGCUUAUCUUGUGAUGCUGACAGAACAAUCGUGGGGAGCAUCACCAACACAGACUAUGGCAUCUGCCAGGACCCAGCAAAACGAUACAAAAUCAAUGAGGAAGACCAUUAA